ACGGCGACGCGCGACGGCGACGACUUUAUAAACUCUUCGUGUCCCAUUAUUUUUACCUUCCAGUUCCUACAUGUUAUCUUCAAUCGUCGUAAGCGCGACAGAGCGGAGCAGCGAAAUACCUCCGGGGAUAAAUGACAAGGACACGUGAGAAAAAGAAAUAACAACGUCGAUAGGCUGAGGGGAGCACGAGCGUAAUUUGUUCGGCAGCUACUUACCGUUCUAACAAUUAUUUCCAAUCUAUUUUCAACUUGACACUGGCUUAAGUCGCGUUUUCAUUGAGCCAAUAAGUUCAAAGAAGAAAGAACGGAGUGGCAUAUUUGAUGGGAACUGCGAGAACGAGGAUGCAGAAGCGCGCACAUCACCUGCUGAUUUCGCCGAGAGCAUAAAGGGGUUCGAGAGAGAGGGAGAGAGAGAGAACACGCCAGCCCUUACACUCUAGCAUCAUUUUUUUUUGAAAAAACGUUUAAAGUGAAACCACAUUAAUGCAGUUUCCAGCACAAAAGCUUCGUCCGGGAUGCCUUGAAGGAGGCUACCGAUCCGUCAAUACCCUCAACAUCUUUCAUAACAAUAAGCUUUUGAUUAAGACUGCCAAUUUAAGACUGAAUUACUGAUGCAAGAAGUAAUUGCUGUUCUUAUUGGAUACAGACAGCAUCAAUGGGAAACUGUUUUUCAUGUUUUAAGGUGCCUCCCCCACCAUCUACAACUAAUCAGUCGACUAUUUUGGAACAAAAAGAUGAAACAAUGGAGUUACGUACUUUGUUUCCACAAAAUGCCAGUCAAAACCAUCCACACACAGCUAUAGAAUCUCAUGCCAAUGGAAAUAAAAAAUCAUCGUUAAAUGCAAUGUCAACAUUUAAUGGUGUAGGUUCUGAUAAUUGUGGCUCUGUACCUAUAGUUCCAGGUAACUUACGUUUAUCCCGUGGCUUUUAUGCACGAUUACCACCGUUAGGACGGACAGGAAACAACUCUGGUCUUAAUUCGGUGAUUGAUUGUAAACAGCAAAAAGAACCUUCAGAAAGCAAAAUCAAUUGCCUUUUUGAUCAGUAUAAGGAUCCACACGAGGACAUUAUAUUAGCAGAUGGAAUUGAGCGACUCUGCGACGAUCUUCAAUUAUCUCCAGAUGAAUUCAAGGUGUUGGUACUCGCGUGGAAGCUGAAUGCGGAGCAAAUGUGCCAGUUUACACGUCAAGAGUUUGUUCAAGGUUUGAAAUCCAUGAGGGUAGAUAGUAUCCGUGGGAUUCAGCUUCAAUUGCCCGAAAUUGUUCAGGAACUAGCAACGAAUGGAGAAUUCUUCAAAGAUCUAUAUCGAUUUACAUUCCGCUUCGGACUCGAUGUUAAUUCGGGUCAGCGUAUUUUACCCGCCGAUAUGGCUAUCGUUCUCUGGAGGCUCGUUUUCACGAUUCGUGAGCCUCCUUUACUCAGUAGGUGGUUGAAAUUCCUCGAAUGCCAUCACGUUCGGGGUAUACCGCGGGAUACGUGGAACAUGUUCCUGAACUUCGCAGAAAGUAUAGGUGACGAUUUAGGGGCCUAUGAUGACGCGGAAGCCUGGCCAAGCCUGUUCGACGACUUUGUCGAAUAUGAAAAUGACCAGAUGAACCAGAACAUUACCAAGGAUGAAUUUAUCAAAGAUUCAUCGGCUGAGAACGAAUAGUCAUUUGACAUUUUUUCAUGCGGGAUGUUCAUCCCGUUUUUAAUGUUUUUUUUUAUAUAUAUAUUUUUUGAGAAGUUUUUUAAGCUUCUGAGUCUAAAAAACGAGCUUAUUUAUUUAAAAUUAUAAAAUUUCAUUUACGAUAG